AUGUCUUCCAAGACAAAAUCGCACAAGGCAAUGUCCGACUCAGAGUGGAUGUCCCGUCUGAGAAGGUUUGCCAGCACUGGGUCCUGGCCUGCAGGUGAAGGCAACAGGCCUGCUCCCAGGCAGAAGAAAUGGUUUGAGCUGUAUCAGAGGAUUGAGAAAUGUCCGAUGCAGACUCAUGGACAGAGGUCAUUGUUUGGGCAAGAGAGGAAGUGCCAAUGUGGAUUUCAUCAACCAAAGCCAUCCACACCAAGUGUUGCUCCGCGGACUGGAGGGCAACCAGCUGCAGCUGUGGGUCAAGUCCAAGGCCCUGUGGGGCAACAGAUUGCAGCAGCAGGGGACCCUGUCCAGAGGGUAGCAGCUGGUCCUCUGGUGGGUUCCGUAGCUGUUCAACAGGCUCCACCAUCCAGUCCAGCCCAGAGUGCUCCAGUAGUACCAGGACUGAGACCUGAGGGCCAAAAGACACGACCCAUUUUGAGUUUGGCAAUGUUUACUAAGCCAAGAUUUGGUGGAGCGCAUGUUGCUGCUGCAAAACCAAAUCUUAGCAAAGCCAGAAGAGUAACCAAGACCCAAAUCACAGUCACAGACCCUGCUGAGGAAAGUACCAGUGCUCCUUCCAGCACUCCUGUCUCAGCUUCAACUUCUCAAGCAGAGAGCCAGGCGCCAGCACCUGUCCCCAGUCCAGCACCUGUCCCCAGUCCAGCAGCUGUGGUUGCCACUGUGUCUUCUGCUGCUGACACUAGGACAGAAGCACCAGCUUCAACCUCCCCCCUGCCCCGUUUGUGGUCAGAAGGUUUGCCGCCCGAAGACCACAAAUGGAUUGAAAAAUCUAUCCUGAGGACGGGGCCAAAAGGGAGACUGCAGCUUCAGGACCAUCUGAAGCUGUGGCACUUUCCACCUCAGCCGAGUCACCUGUACAACCAGGCUCCAGCACCAGACCGCUUCUUUGCCCAUCCACUGUUUGUAUGGAUGCCAUACAAGUUGUGGAAGGUGAAAGUGGUCUGUCCUAAUGCAGCCUGUCAACAGCACCAACUCACAGGAGCAGGGCUGCAUAAGAGGGCACGGCGGGUCCUUGACGUGGACAGGACCUACAAUAUGGUGACAGAGACACUGACCUGCACCAAAUGUAGAGCCACCCACGUGUCUUGGAGCCAAACUGUCCUCAGGCAGCUGGACUUGGCUCACAGGUCUGAAUUCCGGGUGAUCCUGACCCAGAAAUAUGCCUGUGACAUCCGGGUGAUCCGCUUCCUGCGGGAGAGAGGUCUGGGUAACAGUCCAACACGGGUUGUUAAGCAGCUGAUGGAAAACCACUCUGAGGAGUGGCUGCAUCGGGUUGCCAGGUACACCACAGAGUGUGUGGACUUUCAGCAGCGCCCCGGACUGCUGCCCAUGACUUUCCCUGAGCCCCCUGAGCCUUCUGUGGUGCCAAGCUGCAAGUGGCUCCUGUCUGUCUACAGCCAGGACAUCUUGACAAGGCUCGAGGACAUCAAGGCCAGGAUAACAUCCACCUUUGGCACAAUUUUAAAGAUGGACUCGACCAAAAAGAUCACCAAGAAGCUUGCCGGCAUGGCUAAAGGGACAGCUCUCUGGCUCACCUCCGUGGGGAAUGAGCAUGGUCAGAUUCUGAUCAGUGUGCUGACCGCUCAGGAGGGAGCUGGCCUGGACAUGAUGGCAGCAGACCUGGUACAGCGUUACCAGAAAGCUGGUGUCCAUCCCCCUGUUGCCCUGUAUGUGGACUGUGGCUGCUGCUCCAACGCUGGGGAGACCAAGCUGGAGGCCAGAUUCGGUGGGUGGCCUGACCUCAUCGUCAGCGUGCAUAUUUGA